AGCAAGCCCCACAGUUGCCAUGGCAACCCAAAGCGAUUGAACCUCUCUGGGUGCCUGGCUCAUAGUAUGUAUAUAUUGGGGUUCACUGUAUGGAAUAGAGGUUGUGGAGGUCCAGGUGGGUUGUGGCUGGGUUCUAGUUCCAUUUCCAGACUGGUCUGUCCUAUCUGUAGGUAGCUCCAGCCCCUCUGCAGUCCAGCCCCUUACCUCUGGCAGGGCCUUGGCAACUGGGCCCUCAUUGGCUACAUGUUUCCUUGGAGACGAACACCAACCAUCUAAACACAGAUGGCAGAGGUAUAGAAGGAAUUUUUCUCUUCCCAGCCAUGAGGGAACUGUUCACCUCCCAGAGCCAAGCCUGCUGGCGGGAGCACAUCCAGAAGGAGAAAGCCGCCCGGGCUGCCUGGACUAUCCGCUAUGGCCACAAGUACCUGAAGGAGGGGCCCAAAGUCAGAAAGCAGCCCCAGGCGGUCUAUUUCAGGGCAGGCUCAGCAGUGGCUCCAAGGCCUGCCACCAACUUCCCUGUCAGCAAGGAGAGCCUAGCUGGACCGCUGGAGACUCAGAGGGUUCAGCAGCAGCUGUUGAGGACAGUGGGUGUCCAGAGUUGCCCACCCCAGAGAGACAGAGUGUGGGAGGCCAGGGAAGCCACUCCAAGGCCUGCGGGCCAGAGCAGGCCAGUGGGCUUACACAUGCGGCAGGUCCCCCUGAGCACCCUGCAGCUCCUCUUUCAAGGCAUCUCCCACGAUGGCCAAGGCCGGGCCAGGUACCUCCGGGAGCGGCAUCAGCAGGCACCAAAGGAGAAGUACCCGUACCCAAUCGUGUCAUCUUGGGAAUAUGGCUGGCACUUGGGGGAUGCCAUGAAGGACUCCAGGAGGCCAACUUAUGCCAGGAUCCACACAAAGACAUUUUACAUUAAAAAUAACGUUUUCCACGUUCCACAGUGUGAACUUGACCAGCUCAUGUGAACUUUCCGGGGCCCGUGGCAGCUCCCUUCCUUUCCUCAGGAUCCCUCUGGAUGCUGCAGGGAUGCACUGCCAGAUGCCCAUGCUCCUCUGUGUUCCGUGGAGCCCAGCCUUCUCGACUGAGUGUAGUUCACCACCAAGGAGCAGCUAAUGCGGGCCUAAACUUGGGAUGUGCUGGGCCCGCCCUGGGACUCCUCUGUGUACUCACAGAUCCCUACUACUCGCAGAGCUGCCCCUACCUCACUGUCACCUGGAGGCACUCCUUCCUCGUGGAGACAGUGGAGCUCCCAGGCAGAGAGAGGCUCGCUGAAUCUCAGGGAGCUAAGCAUGAUGAAUAGCUCCCUAUCUUUCAUUUCUCUAGGUUCUAUUGAAGGGUCCAUAGCAGAGUUUCUUGGUUCCAGUGUAUCCCACAGUUUGAGUAAGAAGUCAUUUCACUUUUACUCACUGCUUCUUAGUUACUCCUAGGAGUUUAUGUUAGUCAGUAACUCUCUCUGUAACAACCCCUAAAACCUUGUUGCUUAUGCAAUAAAGAUGUACUUCUUCCACA